CGACUUUUUUUCAUCUGCACUGAGAUUUAUUUUUGGCACUUCCUAUGUGGAGGAAGGGGGUUUGUGGACCCAUAUAGGACACAUCUAUACAUUUCUUUCAAGCAUUGACCCAGAGUGGUCUAAUUUACUGGUUUUAUUAGGUCAACAUUAGACUAUUUUUAAUGCGAAUGUCACUUCCAGCAAAGCCCGACCCAGACUGGUUCAGGGUCAUACUGAGGAAUACAGCCAUGGGGCAUGAUUUCAGCGCAAUCCAUGCAGCUGUAAUAACUCCCAAAUAAAUGAGUGGGAAAAAAAUAUCGUAUUUAUGAUUAAGUGAUGAAUCUUUUUGUGGUUGUAAUGAUUGGUGAAAUUAAUUCGCUGCUGCAUCACUUUUACGCGAAGGAAGGCGCCACCUGACGUCUCCACUCGACCAUAUACGCGCGCCACCGGUGAGCGCAGGCGGCACAAUCAAAGUGUACAAAGCUCGAGGCGCGUGUGUUAGCGGCUGUCACGGAGCCACUGAGCAUUGCGCGUGUUUAGCGUUCACCUCUAUCGAAGAGGAGCUCCAUCUGCGCUUUGACUCACACAUCCACAUUCUCCCGUGCGCAAUGGCACCGACCGAGCGCUCCUCCCGCUCCUUCCGCUCGCCUCGCAGCUCCGGACGCGGUGACCGGACAACUUUUAACUCUGCGCGGAUGAUGCUUUUCCUCUGUGGCAUCUGAUGAAUCCUCCACUGGGAAACAGAAACAGGUCUGCCAAACAUAUCACCUCCCAUGUCACAGGGGCGUCUCCAUGGCGAUGUUUAGUACCGCUGAGCGGCUCUGGAACGAGUCAGAGCGCCUCGGAUGGGACGAGCGGAAUGAGAGCUCGGAGGGAACAGAGCAGGACAAUGGGGAGCAUAACUACUACGCCAUGCUGUAUUCCCUGCUCAUCCUGGCCAUCGUGUUUGGGAAUGUGCUGGUGUGUCUGGCUGUGGUGAGGGAGCGCUCCCUUCAGACCACCACCAACUACCUGGUGGUCAGCCUGGCUGUCGCUGACCUGCUGGUGGCUCUGCUGGUGAUGCCCUGGGCUGUGUACCUGGAGGUGGUCGGCGGUGCCUGGCUUUUCAGCCGGCUCUACUGUAACAUCUUUGUCACGCUGGAUGUGAUGAUGUGCACCGCCAGUAUCCUCAACCUGUGUGCGAUCAGCAUUGACAGGUACACAGCUGUGGUGAUGCCCGUCCUGUACAACACUACCCAUCGCUCCAAGAAGAGAGUCUCUGUGAUGAUUUCCACUGUGUGGGUCCUGGCCUUCGCUGUGUCCUGUCCCCUGCUGUUUGGCUUCAACACCACAGAUGACCCCAUGGUUUGCUCCAUCUCCAACCCCGACUUUGUGAUCUACUCCUCAGUGGUGUCCUUCUACCUGCCUUUUAUCGUCACGCUGCUGGUCUACAUCCGCAUCUACGUCUUCCUCAGGAGGAGGCGUAAGAGGAUCACGUUCGGCCAAGCCAGCAGAAAGAUCCAGCCGGGUUCCACCCCGCCAUCUGCUGAGACCUGUCUACAAGAAGAGACUCCCAAGGCGAAGCAAGACCUGUCACCUAUAAGGAUUAAAGUGCAGACUGUAGAGCCAUUGACUCCCUCCAAGCCCAACCUGCUCUCACGAUGUCUGUGGCGCAACCACCCGAAGACGGGACCGGUGGAGAACUCAGUGCUGCCCCCGGUGGACACGCAGAACUACUGCAGCAUCAGCCACGCCUCCUGCGGUCGCACAGAGCUGGAUCUGGAGCAGGAUCGGGGGGAGCGGGAGGCGGAGGAAAACCACCAGGACGAACAGGCCUCGGUCAGGAUGCGGUGCGAGGUGAAGGAUCUCUCCAACGGGCGAACGCACACGGCACUGCGGCCGCUGCCUCACUUGCACACCAACAAUGCACGAUUCAGGAGCAUGCACGCGCGGGAGAAAAAGGCCACGCAGAUGCUGGCCAUUGUGCUUGGCGUGUUCCUCAUCUGCUGGCUGCCUUUCUUUGUGACUCACAUCCUGAAUACCCACUGCAGGACAUGCUACGUGCCUCCUGCACUUUACAGUGCUUUCACUUGGCUGGGGUACGUCAACAGCGCCCUCAACCCCAUUAUCUACACCACCUUUAACAUCGAGUUCAGACGGGCCUUCAUCAAGAUCCUCAGCUGCUGAGGAAGGAGGCAGUAAAGGAAAUUAAAAAGGAAAUGAGGCUGCGGACUAGUGCUAAAACUCUGGUCCGGUGCGCUUUGUAAUCCACGACCACGGACUGCUCAUGGUCAAGGAAGGCAAACACACUUUGUGCCCUACAGGAGUUAUUCAGAGGCAGCGAGGCGAUGGAUGGAAAUGAACUGACACCGUGUCACGCAAUAAUAAAUGUAAACAAAAGGGGAUUUAUGAUUUUCUGACUCAAACAAAGACUCAAGCUUUUCUUUCUCAACAGGGCUGGGACUUCAUUUGAACAGUAUUACUCUUUAAAUAAGACUUUUCCCAUGCAUAAGGUCUUAUUGAUAGCACAAGGUGUUUUCUCGUGGAUAUGUCUUGUACAGUAUGUGCACUGCUCGUUGGCACAGUUCCUCGGUUCAGGACUUUUCGAUCAAUGAGAGUUUGGAAACCACAGAGGAGCUUUAAGGCUGAUGGAUUGAUCGCAAACCUGCAGUCCACCUCGUCCUGAGGCAGGCUGCCAACGCACUGUGUGGAUUAACUGAUGUUAUACCUCCUCCAGCCCCCCCCCCACUCCAUUAUCUUCACCAUCAGUUAUUCACCUGUGCAUGCAGAAAUCAAAAUUCAAGGCCAUCCAGCAGAAUUGUGCUUGAAGGAUCGAAGUGGUCCCUGCCAGGACUCACAUCAUUUUGAUUGUCAUAUAUCUUGACGUGGAGGCAUUGUUUGCCAUGUGGAUUUUUUAAAAAGUGACAUUUUGAUGUUAUGCACAGUGAAAAAAUAUGUGUUUUUUUUAAUGGGUCAAACUUCCCCAUUAUUCCUCUGAAGCUCCGAUGAAGGCAGGCGCUUUGUGAUCUUAACAAAACGAGCACGAUUGUAAACCAUGUGGAGAGCAGGUCCGUCGUGGACAGAGUUGCUGCAGUGUGUUGUAAAUAAAAAAAAAAAGAUGAACCAUCUUCCCACCUUGUAAUUAUCUAUGUCUACACAAUGAUACAAAGCUCGCAUAUUCAUGUGUGCG